CUCAACAUUACUAUUCAUACUGAAGAAAAUAAUUUAACAUGUGGAACUGUAUAUUCAAAGCCGGAUCCUGUGUUCACUACUUUUACUGCGAUCGAUGUAGGUGAUGCCAUUGAACUAAGGAUAAAGAAAGAAAAAGAUGAACUGCACAUUCGGGCUGAUGAGAUUCAAGUUUUUAUAAAUUCUAACUUAACCUGUGAAGUGCGGAAUAUAACAGAAUGGGCUGAUGAGGAUAUAGUAUUCUGUAAAACUGAAAGGGACUCCUCCAAAAAAAUUGAUGUGACUAAAAUAGAAGUAAAGGUUGUUUUGGGCAACUAUAUAAAGAAACUGGAUAAAGUAGCAGGAGUUUACGUCUAUAUGUAUAUCCUUCUGGUUAUCCCCGUUCUACUAGUUGUGGUUAUUGCUACCUGUGUAAUAACCAGGCACAAAUCAUCGCAGCUAAGUGAGCAACAGAGGAGGCAGUUGGUACAGAUGGAGUGGGACAUUAGACAAGAAAUACGUGAUGGUUUUGCAGAACUUCAAAUGGAUAGAGAAGUUGUGAACUUUGAGGCAUUGGGA